AUGGCGACUCCAGUCAACGUCCAAAACCCCAGUAAGACGUGGGAGCUGAGCUUGUAUGAGCUGCACAGGAGCCCACAGGUAAUGAUAGUCACGUUCCACAUAUAUAAAUACUUAAAUUACAAAUGCAUCCAGGUGAGAAGUGAUAUAACAGCAUUGUAUUGCAUGCCCAAAAAACAGUGCAGUCCAUUUAUAGUUUCUCAGAUAACAAAAAUUGGUGUGAGGAACUGUGGAAGCAUUGAUCUCACCUACUUGUGAAAGUUCCAUGGAAGGAAGGAUGCUUUUUUGUGUGCAUUUGAAACCAGCCAUGGUCAAUCAGUUUAAAGCUGACCCUUGAAGGACAUGGAUGGGCCAUAGCGUUACCUGUAUUGUCUGACACAUUCCCCUCCCUGCCUGUAGGAGGCGAUCAUGGACGGCACAGAGAUAGCGGUGUCCCCCAGGAGCCUCCACAGUGAGCUGAUGUGCCCCAUCUGUCUGGACAUGCUGAAGAACACCAUGACCACUAAGGAGUGCCUCCACCGCUUCUGCUCCGACUGCAUUGUCACUGCACUCCGAUCAGGGUGAGGGACACACACACAGCUGUAACGAUUUGAGGAUGACCCUUCAUUCUCUCUACUCUGGAGUGUGCUCCAGUUUAAAUCUGAAGAUAACCUCCAUAUUAAAGGUUAUGAAAUGAAAGCUUCUCUUUAACUCACCUUCAUUCCUCCUCCUCAGGAACAAGGAAUGCCCCACGUGCCGAAAGAAGCUGGUGUCGAGACGCUCGUUGCGGCGCGACUCCAAUUUCGACGCCCUUAUCUCCAAGAUCUACCCCAGCCGGGACGAGUACGAGGCCCACCAGGACCGGGUGCUGGAGAGACUCAACCGGCUGCACAAUAAGCAGGCGCUCAGCUCCAGCAUCGAGGAGGGGCUGCGCAUGCAGGCGCUUCACAGGUAGGAGAUGAGAGGGGAUGGGGAGUAGGGUUUAUAGGUUUCCCAGAAAUCCCAGUUGAAAGAUUCUUGGAAUCAGGAGAGAGUUGUCAGACGUAGUAUGUGGACAAACGAACAACACUGCACAAGUCAGGGAAAGAUCCUCCUUUUAUUGAGGAUUGGAAGUGUAAAAUAUUAUUAUUAUUAUAAAAUGGCUUCUCGCGCUCUGCUCACCCUUGACCCCCCAGAGCCCAGCGAGUGCGCAAACCGGCGCAGGAGAGCGACAACACAACCUUCAGCGGCGGCGAGGACAACGGGGAAGCACGCUCACACCUCUCCCAUGACUCCGCUCCCUCCCUCGCGCCACUCCCCCCAAGCCACACGCCCUCCGAAGCCGGGCCCAGCCGGAACCCCAAGCGGCUCAGGGUGUCGGACGGGUCGGGCCCGGAGGUGGAUGGGGGCAGCCCCACGCCCCCGCUCCGCCGCCACAAAGAGGGCCCCGGCUUGGAGAUAGAGCUGGUGUUCCGCCCACACCCCCUGCUGGUCAACACACAGGACUACAGCCAGACCAGGUGAGGGGUGGGUGGUUAUGCAGCUAUGAGGUGUUCUGUUAUAAAUUAUUGCAAAUUAUGGACAUUUCAAUUCGGAAUGUAUUCUUGAAGGGUCUUUUUAAUUGUUUUGUUUUUAUUGACACUCAUUCCUCUCAGAUAUGUGAAGACCACAGCCAAUGCAACAGUGGACCACCUGUCUAAGUACCUGGCUCUGCGUAUCGCUUUGGAGGACAAACAAGGAGACAGCCAAUCAGAUGCAGGGACGGAGAAAGGGAAAGAGGGGGGGGCUAAAGGAGAGGAAGUAGCAGCAGGAGAAGGGGCCAGCCUGAAGAAUAUCAGUGAGAAACAAUACACCAUCUACAUCACAACGUCAGGGGGCCAGUUCUCUGUGAGUACACAAGCUUAUCAGUCAUCUUUUUUCAGGGUGGGAGCUAUUAUCAGUGAAUUAUUUAAAUGUAUUUGACCCCUUCUCAUACUUCGGUCUCAUAUCUGUCCUUUUUAUCUCUCUCUGCUCUACUUUCAACCUCAUCCAUUGCUUUGUUUUAUUCCUAGCAUUCCUUUGACUUGUUCCUCUGGCUCACGUUUCUUUCAUUCUCUCUACCUCAGACUCUGAACGGCUCCCUGACUCUGGAGCUGGUGAAUGAGAAGUACUGGAAGGUCAGAAAGCCUCUGGAGCUCUACUAUGCACCCACCAAGGACCAACAGCCUCAACCAUCCCAGCCAAAGUCCCCACAGUCCAAAGAGGGGUGAGGAGCCCUCCCUCUUCAGCCUUUAUCACUCCCUGUCUCUGACCGCCUACUGAUCAUGUGUUGGAGAGACUAAGAUUUGUGUGUUACAUGUAGCUGCUUCGAAGGUAGUCAUUGGGAACAUUCCAUAGAUUGCUGAAGGUCUUAAACUUUGUCCUCAGAAUCUGACAUUUUUCUGUUUUCAGUAGCUUCAAAUCAAACCUGAGUGUGAAGUUGUUUUUAGAAUUCCUACAAAUCAGAUCUGUGUCAUCCUUUUUUCCUUCAUCUAACGGUUAACUGAAAAUGCGGUCUGGACUGGUGCACUCACUGCCAGACAACACAUACGUAGUCCAGCCUUCUUUCAAACCACAGACCACAAAGUAUUGAUGCUUGACAUUGCGCCAUAUUCUGUCAAUACAUCAUUUCAGAUUAGCGUGAGGAUUUUACAUUAGAAAAUGCUGUGGAGAUUAACCUUUUUCUUUGAGAUUUGGGGAUGACCAGUGGUCAAAGGAUUGUUGAAUUGAAUAUUAUGCAAGAAAACUGCUAUAUAGCAGUAGAUUAAGACUGUUCUAGGCUUGCUUUGAAAUUAAUGAUUAUUUAUCAAAGGUAUUUAAUUUCUUGAAGACCUAUGCUGCUUAUGGAGAAUGUCAAGUA